CAGACGGCAUCAGUCGUGUCUGGGCUCGCGCUGCACUGUUGAUUCUUUACCAAGUGGUGAGAUCAGAUGGUACCGAAAAUAUAUAUUUAUUUUUAAAUAACUGAACCGAAUCACCGAACAGGCUACGUCUGAGGUUUGUGUUGCGGCUAAAGUUUGGAUUUUAGACAGCUUGCACUGAGUGAAGCUCCUCCCGUCUCUCCCUUCACCGUGGACACAGCAGGUGGAUGCCGCCAUGCCAUUUGGGUGCCUUGCCGUGCGAGAUGGGCGGAACUUAGACAACAUCUAUGAUGUCACCGAUAAGUAUGAGAUGGGACAGGUCCUUAAAGCGAAGGAGUUCUGUGAGCUGUGUAUGGCUAAAGACCGACAGACCAACAAGGUGUUUGUCUGUAAGAAGUUUCUGAAGAAGGACGGGAGGAAAGUACGCAAGGCUGCCAAGAAUGAAAUCUUGAUCCUCAAAAUGGUCAACCAUCCAAACAUCCUCCAACUGAUCGACUUUGAGACGCGGAAGGAGUACUUCAUCAUCCAGGAGCUGGCUACAGGCGGUGAUGUGUUUGACUGGAUUCUGGACCAGGGGAAUUACACAGAGAGAGAUGCCUCCAACGUGAUCAAACAGGUUCUAGAGGCCGUAUCCUAUCUACACUCACUCAACAUCGUACACAGGAACCUCAAGUUGGAGAACCUGAUGUACUACACAGAGAACAAUCACAACAAAGUGGUUCUGCGGGAUUUCUACCUGUCCAAGUUUGAGAACGGUUCCAUCACAGAACCCUGUGGAACACCGGAGUACCUGGCUCCUGAGGUUGUGGCCAGACACCGAUACGGUCGACCGGUGGACUGUUGGGCAGUAGGGGUCAUCAUGUAUAUACUUCUGUCGGGGAAUCCUCCGUUCUACGACGAGACAGAAGAAGAGGACACAGACCUUCACAACCGGAUCAUCUUCUGUCGUAUCGUAGCUGGGGAGUUUGAGUUUGACGCUCCUUACUGGGACGACAUCUCUGUUCCAGCUAAGGAGUUGGUGUGUAGACUGAUGGAGGUGGACCAGAUGCUGAGAAUCACAGCUACAGAUGCUCUCGUACACAAGUGGAUUGCUGGUAACGGGGCGUCGGAGAAGAACCUGAAGGAGGGAGUGUGUGCCCAGUUUGAGAAGAACUUUGCUAAGGCCAAGUGGAGGGAACUGAAGAAGGCGAUCCGAGUCACCACCUUCAUGCAGCGUCUUCGUGCGUCUGAGGCUGCUGCAGCUGAAGUGGAGGCAGGAGGGCAGGGGGAAGGAAGGGGUGAGGACCAGGGAGGAGGAGGGCAGAGUGAGGGAAGAGGGGUGACACCAGAGGUGACGGUUGGAACUAAUCCGGAGCGUGAGGAGAGGAACGGGGGAGUCGGGGUGAGGUGGGGAGAGGAGAGGGGAGGAGGGGGGAGAAACCCUUUGAGUCCCUCUGUAGGGAUCUCUCCUUCCACCAAUAAUGAACCGCUGUCCCAGCCUCCCAACCAAUCAAAUGCCAGCUCCAAACCUCUGGGGGACGAGCCAAAGAAGCCAGCCGUGAAGAAGACGUCAGGCAAAAUGGCCGCCGCAUUGGGUCAAACCAAAACAACAACAGAGACCAAAACACCUCCUACCCCCAUCGUAACCCCUGACCUCACCAAGCCCCAGGACCCCGUCACUGUCUCUGACCACGACAAAGCAGCACCAUCAUUGCCUAGCAAUGCCAAGAAGAAGCAACCAACCUAUGUCACUCCUGAGACUCCAACGACUCAACGAUACAAGAUGGACGCCCAACUCCCCAACAUGGGCCCAGGCCCUGCUGCUGCCUCUACUACUACUGCUGCAGCCAUAGCCCCACCUGCUGACAGGAGGCCGGCAGUGCAGGCUCCAGUUGAGGAGAAGAAGCUGGGUGACAGUAGCUGGUGUCAGACCCAGCUCCCUGAGGCUGUAGCUGAGAGGCCUGCUGGAGGUGGGGGAGUAGGGGGAGGAACUGGGAUUGAGAUGGGAGGGACAUCUGGAGCAGGGUCAGGGGUACUUGGAACAGGAUCAACAGGAAGAACUGGGCCAAGAGGUGACGCGAGCCCCAUUGGUAGAGACCAGAGAGCAGACAGUCACAGUGUAGAGUUCAGCAUGUCCAGGGGGGGAACCCAAACUGUCCGAGGGGGGCUACAGUUAUACCAUAGGGGCGCUGGGAAGCUCCCCUCGUCUAGGCCGACACACCACCGCAUACAGCCAGGAGGUUGAG